AUGAGUGAACAAGAUAAAUCAACUGAAGCAGCGUUGCAUGUGUGCUGGGUUCUUAAUAAGCACCAAAAACCGUUUUCCGAUUCCGAAAUAGUAAAAGAGUGUAUGUUGGAAGUGGCUACUGCACUUUUUCAAGAAAAUAAAAAAAUCGUUACCUCUAUCCAAGAUAUUCCUUUGUCGGCAAGGAGUAACACAAGAAGGACAGAAAUGUUGGCAGCCGAAAACAAAAAAAACUUAUUUGAACUUUUACAUAAGUCACCGUGCUACUGCAUUGCGCUUGAUGAAUCUUGUGACUUAGUUGAUUCUGAACAAAUGUCAAUUUUCGUGCGAUUCUUUGACAUUGAAAAUAAAGUGUUUAGAUAA